AUGCCAACCCAUCGUAAACAAAAAGCUCAUCUCAUGGCCAAUUAUAAACAUCAUGAAGAAUGUAUGGAAAAGCGUUUAUGGAGUGUAUUUUUCGGUAUCUCGUUAGGAUGUUUCUUUGGCGGAAUUAUAAUCAUCCUACUCUACCGAAUAUUAAUACGUAUCAUUUACGUAUAUUUACAAAAUAAAUCGCCAACCUCCACUGCGCAUCAUUCUGAAAUUCCAAUUCAAACAAAUCCUUCCAAUGACAAUAAGAUGAAGAAAAAGCCUGAUAACUUUGAACUUAAUUCAACACUCAAUAAUAAAAAUAAUCGUAUCAGUUCAAUCACACUGGAAAAAUACGAUCAACAAAGCAUUACCACUAUUACUAAUACACCUCUUCCUGCCCCUCAUAAUAAUUAUAAGUCUCUGUCUUCACGUUGUUCCCACUGGUGGACAACUAGCAUUCAACUUGCAUUGAUUAAAGGUCGUUGGUGGGCUAUCCGACUAGUCAGUUAUGAUUGGAUACCUGGACGAAUAUUUAUCGCUUUAUCAAUGAUAUUCAGCCUUACAUCAUUUAGUAUAUAUGCCUAUGAAGCAACUGUAUGGCCAUUGGAGAUUGAAAAAUGCGGUCAUAAAGGUCGACGUCUACGGCUACUGGAUUUUGCAAUGAAUAUCUUUUUUCUGUUGCACUUCAUUGUACGAUUGAUUGCCUCAUCGGAUGCACUAGUCUUUUGGAUUGAAUGGUACUCAAUAUUGGAUUAUUUGACAGUGCCACCAACACUAGUUGGUUUCUUUAUCAAACGAACAUGGAUUGGUUUUCGUUUUGUACGAAUUUUUCGUCUGUGUAAUCUCCCUGAAGUGUUGAACAAUUUGAAUGUGAUUAAAUCUGCAUCAAGUUUACGUAUGUGCCAACUGUGUACCCUAUUCAUAUCGAUAUGGUUCGCUGGGGCGGGUUGCUUCCAUCUAUUUGAGAAUACUGGCAACCUAUUUGGAUCGAGUGUUUAUAAUGUUAGCCAACCGUUGGCGUAUACAGCUUCAUUGUAUUUUACAAUUGUAACAAUGUCAACUGUAGGGUAUGGAGAUAUCGUACCACAGACAUAUCUUGGUCGUGCUUUCAUUUCCUUGUUUAUUCUAUUCGCCUUGGCGACAUUUGCGAGUGCUAUUCCAGAAAUUGUUGAUAUGUUUUUCAAUGUUAGUAAGUAUUCUGGGGUGUACAAGAAACGUGAGGGUAAAUCUCAUAUUGUUGUGUGUGGAGAUAUUACAACAGAUUCGGUGAGAACAUUUUUAAAUGAUUUUCUACAUGAAGACAGGCAAAUAUCAGAUGUUGAGGUGGUCUUUAUUAAUCGAUCGAAACCAGAUUUACAGCUGGAAAAUUUGUUGAGAUUGCAUUUUUUACGAGUGAAGUAUUUUCGGGGAACUGUUAUGGAUCAUGCAGAUUUACAACGUGUAAAAAUGGAUAGUGCUGAUGCUUGUCUUAUAUUGGCUUCUGCGACAACUGUUGAUCCGCAUCAAACUGAUGCAGAGAAUAUAAUGCGUGUUAUCGCUGUGAAAAAUUUUGCCAGUCAUGUUCGAGUGAUUGUUCAACUUCUGCAAACAGAAAAUAAGGCAUAUCUAUUGAACAGUCCCUAUUGGAAUUGGGAUAGUGGUGAUGAAAUCGUUUGUUUCAGUGAACUGAAAUUAGGCUUUUUAGCUCAAAGUUGUAUUGCUCCAGGUUUUUCAACCCUUGUUACCAAUCUAUUUACAAUGCAUUCUAUACGUGGACUUAAAGAAGCUGCAAAAUUCGCUAAAAUUUAUGUGAAUCAACCAAAGGUUGGAAAAAAACAACGCAACAUCCUUAAUAAUAAAUCGCCUUCUCCAUCACAAACGAAUCCAUUAGCUUCAACUUCUAACAGUGUGGUUCUACGCAAACCGCCUACAUCUACACCAAAACCAUUGACUACUACUGACAGUCGACAUUGUUCACAAGUUCCAUCUUUCACUAGUAAAGAUAAAGGAAGAACAAGGAAAUGGUUAAGUAAACUUCCACGAAUGGUGACAUCAUUGUUUAAACCUAAAGCCAGUGGAGUCCAGCACCACCACCACCACCAUCUGUCAUCAACAACUGACUCUAGACCGACAUCAAUGCAGUAUUCAGUGUCGACAUCACCAAAACUCCUGGAUACUGAAUCGUUGAUUGGCUAUCAAACUAGUUCACUACUAUUAGAUUCAGAUAAUUGGGUUUAUAAUUAUUUACAAGGUGCUAGUAUGGAAAUUUAUUCAGCUAAAUUUUCAAUGGCAUUCGACGGUUUACACUUCACUGAUGCUGCUAUUCUCUGUCGAAAGUAUCUGGACUUAUUAUUGAUUGCUGUAGUAGCUAAAAUACCAGAUCUGCAGUCGGUGAGUAGAAUAUCAGCGAUUUCACUUCACCUGGUAGUCAUGUCAAUAUUUUUGCAGGAUGAUGGUGACGAUGCUGACGAGGGCGGGGAGGAUGGUGAUGGUGAUGGUGAUGAAGAUGAUGACGACGAGAAUGGAGAUAACGACGAGGAUGAAGAUAUCAAUGAGAAUAAAUACUACCUGGCUGUUUCACCGACUCUUGAUAAAAAUGUUAUCAUUAAUUAUGGUAGUGUAGGAUUUUUUAUUUGUGAUUCACAAGAAAAUGCUAAUAAAGUCUCAUUUUAUUGUCUAACCUGUCAUGUCAAUAAUAAUGAUGAUAAUAAUAAUAAUAAAAACGACAACGAUGAUGAUAAUUCAUCACUUACACAAUAUCCUACAGCUAACAUUAAACCUUGUUCAUGUCAAUUGAAAUCACAAAAGUCAAGUUUAAAAAUUCGCGCCAGCGCGCUUUUCAAAUUCAAAAGAGACUCAUAUCAUCCUCAAUCAACAAAGUCACAUCGAAGUGAUAAAGAAGAAGAACUGUCGAGUAAUGUAAAUUUAUGUCCAGCAAUACCAGAAUUAGUAGAAGAGUCUGAGAAAACACCAACCACUGAUUCUCCAACAGUGACGGAGAAAGAAAUUGAAGAACAAAACCGGAAUGAGUCGACUGGAGUUGCAGGGACUCUGAAGAAUAGAACACUAUCACGUAGAAGUAGUCUACAAUCAGCUUAUGAUACAGAAGAACACUAUCAUGAUGCAAAAAGUGGAACACAGCCUAGACGGCUGAGUGAUACAGAAAUUCAGUCAAGAAUGUCUGUUAUCUCACCGGCAAAUGAAUUUGAUAUUACAGGUAUGUACUACUAUUGUAAACAUCAAAAAUUCGAGGAUAAACUAAUCACAUCAAAUUCAUCAACAAUCAUUAAAUCACAAGAUUUAUACAAUCAUAUUCUUGUAUUAUAUCCACUCGCUGGUAGUCCAUUGUCUCGAGCCGAUUUAAGAGCUGCACGUAUACAAUAUGCCUCAGUUUGUGUUAUACUGAGCUCAAGAGGAACAAUUAAACUCGAUGACCCAUAUAUGCUUGAUAAAGAGGUGAUAUUAUGCACGCUGAAUAUACGGGCUAUGAAAUUUGCAACAUUUUCUAGAUACAACAACAGUAACAACAUAUUUUCAAAAAAUAUUAAACGUCGUAGUGGUGCAGAGAUACCACUGAUUACUGAAUUAAUGACCGACAAUAAUAUCCACUACCUGGAUCCAGAUCAUUCAGGUGGUGUACAGAUCAGUGCAUCGUUGACAGCACCAUUCGCUAGAGGUAUAGCCUUUACUAGUUCUGUUCUGGAUGUUCUUGCUAGUACAGCCUAUUUUGAUCGUAAUUCAAUGACACUGAUACGUCAUCUUGUCACAGGUGGUGUUACACCGGCUUUAGAACAAUGGUUGGCUGAAGGUGGCGGUCUCAUUGGUUUUCAUGAUUGGCAAACAAAAGGUGGGAAACGACGUUCAUUGACGAGUAAAAUUCAAAAGAAUAGAAUCUCCUUAUUAUUUUUUCCUGGUUUUUAUGAAACACGUCAACGACCCAGAAUUGAACAAAUUCCAUUAAUGGAUCCACGUUUACUAAAGCCAUCUAAUAAUGAUGGUGAUAAACGUUUAUUUCGUUGUUAUGGUGAUUUAUUUUGUCAUGCUAUCAGAGAACAUGGAAUUCUAUGCCUUGGGAUUUAUCGUCUCUCUUGUCAUCCAUCACCAUCUGAUCCGCCUAAUCGUUUAGUUACUGUUCCAAGUUCACUCAGACUAGAAGGCAGUAUGAAUGAAACCGAUAAUCAAAAAGUAUGGAAUUCAGAAUAUGGUGUAACACCACCUCGACGUUUAAGCACAUGUGCUCUACCUGUAGAUAGAAUGCUGCGUAAACAUUCAUUACAAGCCAAUCGAAAAUCGCUUAGUGUUGAAGAGUAUUCACCCGAAGAAAUAACUGAUCAACAACAACAACGACAACAGCAGAAGCUACAAGACGAUGAACAGAAUAAACAACAAAAAUCUCGAGAUAUUUCAACAAAGAAAACUACGCCAUCAUCCUAUUCAUCAUCAUCACCACUAACGACUCAUCAAAAGUUUCUUCUUGAAGGCGCUAGUCGUUAUGUUAUCUCUAAUCCACCGAAUCAUUUCCAAUUGUAUCGAAGUGAUUUGAUUUUUUGCCUAUGUCCAUUUGAAUGUGCAAUUCCUAGUUAA